AUGACAGGUUGCUUGAUGUACUUGCUUGCAACCAGGCCUGACUUGACAUUUUCUGUGUGUUUGGUGGCUAGAUAUAUGGAGAGGCCUACUGAGAUUCACUUGGCUGCAAUUAAAAGAAUAAUGAGGUAUCUCAAAGGAACAAUAGAGCUUGGCAUUUGGUACAGAAGGAAUGAGAAAUUGACAUUGGUUGGAUGGUCUGACAGUGAUUAUGCAGGUGAUCUAUAUGAUAGAAAGUCUACAUCGGGAUAUGUGUAUAUGCUUGGUUUAAGUGCAGUUUCAUGGUCAUCAAAGAAGCAAGCUAUUGUCACUCUGUCCACCACUGAAGCAGAGUUUGUAGCAACUACUUCAUGUGCUUGCCAAGGUAUUUGGUUAAGAAGGAUUCUUGAAGAACUUGGUCAAUUGCAGGAAUGUACUACAAUAAAGUGUGAUAACAGCUCCUCAAUUAAGCUAUCAAAGAACCCUGUGAUGCAUGGAAGGUGUAAACACAUUGAUGUGAGGUAUCAUUUCUUGAGGGAUUUGACUAGAGAAGGAGUGGUAGAGCUCAGCCACUGCAGCACAAUGGAGCAAAUUGCUGAUAUCAUGACCAAGCCAUUGAAGCUUGAAACUUUUUGUAAUCUUAGAGAUAAGCUAGGUGUAUGUGAUGCUCAUAGCUUAGGAUGA